UGUUGUGUCAACACCUUCGAGCGUCCUGUGCUCGCUGCCAGAUAAACCGUCAAAGUCGUUUUACGUGUACAUCUCUCGAUCUGAUAUGAACAGUGAUUACUAUUCCACCAUAUAUGCUUGGUUUGAGAGAUGCGGGAUCAUAUCAAAUAUCAGGACACACCUACGCCAGAACUUGGUGAACGCUCUGAAGGGUAAGGAUUUGGGCCUAUGCCAGAGCAAGGAGGCAAGAUCGGCGAAACAGUACGUUCACGAUAUGUUAAUAGCCGAGUACCUGUUUAGUCACAAUUACUCCUUCACCUUGUCGAUAUUUGCUAGCGAGGUUCCGCUUUUAGUAAACUUUUGCAACAGCAUGCCAAAGCGCUCUGGCGACAAUGACAGAGGCAAUGGUAGCAGGCUUAAGUUGCAGAGUGAUUACAUAGAGCAUACCCUGGAAACACUGGGCAUCGAUCCAAAGAAGCCCGAGGCCCAGGGUAUCAUAUCGAGUUACCUGAACAGCGAGGCACCUCUGCUGUUAUCUAUCCUAAACUGUAUAAACUCUCUUAUGGUCGGCGCUCAGUCUUCGGUCAGAGAAGGUCCUCUGUAUGACAAGGAGACGCAAGCUAAUUUAGCUCUGGAGGCAGACAUAGGUGCAAGGAGAGUGCAAACAAUGAGGAGAAAAAUUAUGCGACAGAAACAAUUGUACGAUGACGAAUUGAGGAUGAAGGAGAACAAACUGACACAGCAAGCCUCCAUCAUAAAACAUCAGCUUGGUUCUCUGAAUGCAAAAUUGAAAGAAGCUCAGGAUUUAAUGCAAUCUUUGACGCUCAAAGAGAAGCAGUUGAAUGAGAAGGAAGACAAUGAGGCGCGAAAUAUUUUGCAGAGGGAAAUGGAGCUGUCUAUGAAACAGAACUUUUUAACACAAGAAGCCAACAGACUGCAGAAAGAACGAGAUAGUUACAGGAAAUUCGAAGGCGAUCUGAAGAAGCUCCAACGGGAGCUGGUGAAGAUGCAGAAGGAAAUGUCGCAAGGCGCGCCGAGUCAGAACUGCCAAGCAACGGAUGUCAGGAACAUUCACGUGCAGACCGAGAGCCGUGCGUUGAUGGACGAGUGCAAGGCACUGCAGAGAGAGAAAGUCGAGCUGUCGAAUCUCGUGCAGGAGCAACGCACCAGGAUAGAGCAGAUCACUAUGCGAAGCGUACAGCUGUCGCGUCAGCUGGAAGAAGUGCGUUCGUUGCGAUCGGUCGUCGGCGUCGAAGCGCCGGUGGUUUCCGUCAGCGCGAACGCGAUCGUCGUCAGCGAGAGCAGUUCCACGGAGGAUAUCCUGCAGGACGCGAAAAUGAGGCUGAAACGCUUGGAAGAGGAGAGUUCGAAGGCCGAUCAGUAUUUCUGCAGUUUCGUCAGCGCUUCUUCGUAGCCAAUAAGAUAUCCGAUGAAGAGACAUCGUUCGCCGAAUUCGUUCAUCCAUUUACGUGUCGUAUCACCGUAUUAUUACGAUUAACGUCGCAUGACGUACACCAUGCACGCAUAUACACACACAUACACACACAUCGUCCAGAAGAGUCGUGACUCUCCUCCGUCCUCCUGCGUUAAAGAGGAAAAGAAAGACUGAGUU